AAAACAAUUAUUAAAGGGGUGCGAAAUAAUACAUGGUGAAUUGCGUUAAACAAAGCUCAAUUUAAUUUUAAUGUAUGCGUAAUAAAAUGAGUGGUUAACACACCGGUGAAGACUGAAGUAAUACGGACGUAUGUCGCCUAGCAACUUGCGGCGACGUCCAGCGUCUUCGGCGUCGUAGCAUACGAUGCUCUAUCAGUGUCAGAAUAUAGGUGAAAUCCUUCUUAAUCAUAGUAUCAGCAAAGAAUAUGAAUGAAGUCCAAUUAUUUCAACGUGCAGAUAAUUACUCUCUUCAUGCUAUCCUUGAUUCCAUGGCCGGGACCCACGGUUUUCAAAAUAUCGUGUCCAAGAGAUAAUGCUAGAAUAGUCAGAAAAAUAAUUCAGAGCAAAUGGAUCCCUAUUUUGGAAAAAUAUAAAGUUAGUUUACCAAUCGAGUGUCCAUUUCAUCCCACGAGGGACAUUUUUGGACCCCAGCAAGCCGCUAAACAGCAGCAUCGACCGUCACAAUGGACUUGUGGACUUUGUGGAAAGUCCUUUUUUGAAGAAAAGUAUUUGGAUAUGCAUUUCGACAAUCGCCAUAAAGGCUACAUUAAUAUGGCCGAAGACGCUGUGUGCCUUGCGGAUUACUGCGACAUUAUGAGAUGUGACGUGCUGAUAACGCAAGACCCUAAAACUGUUUACCCGGAUGCAGUAAACACGGAUAUCGAAAUUUGGCGUGAAGCAUCGUCCUACACAAAGGCUUUGACUACUUCGGGUCCACGGGAAGUCGCGAAAUACACGUUCAAAGACGGAGUUUACCCGCAUCUGCAAAAACCUUCUAAAACUUCAACGAAACCUUCAAAGCAUUGCCAGAAAAAUGAGGCUCCGGAUGCGCCUAACACCAACGACGAGCGUCAAUCGGCUGGCGAAGAGGAUAAAGUUCAAAAUAGUUCGAAUAACGUUUGCCAAAACGAUCUCGUAGAUUCUGCUCUGCCGGCUCCAGAUAAUCGCCAACAGAGAAUAGCUGAACUCCAGAAACUCAAGGCGAAUUGUAAACCUGAGGAAUUGCAAAAAAUAAAAACUAAGUGUGAGAUUUUGGUGCGGGACUGUAUCGCAAGUUUGCUGAUUCAACUCUCGCUGAAAGAUUUCAAAGAAGUCGAAGAUGAAUUAAAUAGGGGUGUUUGUUGGUACUUGACUUGUGAUAGAUAUUGGGAGGAUACGCAAGCUGAUAUUCGAAGUUUCCCUUGGGGUUUGCUUUGCAUGAUUAUAAUGGUUCUAUCUCUUGGGAUUUGCAUGUGUUAUUACAUCAUCUGGGUGCUAUUUGAUACGGAUGACGUCAGCGUUGCUAGUGCUAGUAUGACGGACAGGUCGACACCGUCUCCGGCGCAUGUUCUUAGACAAGAACAACAGACAUCGGCAGAUGGUCAUCAGAUUUAUACUGAAGACUAUUAUCUGGCGCCUGAUAAAGAUAACGAAUACAUAUACGUAACUUAUCCACCCGACCUAAAACGGCGGCUUUUGGAAAGCUGCUACAAUCGAACUACCCGCUUGUGAGAUAUAGUCAGAAGAAAUCGUUUAGCUCAAUUAUUUGUAGGUAGAUUACUUUUUUGUUUAGCGUUUUAAGAAAAAAAAGCCUCCAUACUAAAACAUUCCACAUAUGUAGGUAGAAGGUUACUAAAUUGUAUAAUUACAUGUGUUUAGUUAUAUUUUCUAGUAAUUUUUCUACAAUUUAGAAAUUAGUGUAGUGUUACCUUUCAAAGGCCAGUGAUAAAAUAAAGGUUAACUGGAAAAUGAUACGACAGCAAUUUAAAAUUCGACAUUUAUUCAAUAUUACAAAGCUGCUGACAAAAUGUUUUCCACUGUACAGUUUACAUUAACUUGACGGCAUCCAAAACCGUAUUUUAUACAUUUCGUAGCAACAACGUCACUUUACUUACAACGUGAACUGUACUCAGCCUACAGCCAUUGAGUGAAAAAUUAUAAUAACUUUUUUGUGGUCUUACUGCGUAUUUUCAAGCUAAGCUGACAAUUUUUUGUCAUGACCCAGCUUUAUUUUAAAUUUAUGAUUUGAUGUAAAUUCCCGCUCGUUUGAAAUUUAUUCCUAUUUAUGAAAAGUAUUUUUUUUUAUAUUUCCAGUAAAUCUAUAUCUAUUACCUUUGGAAAUUAUUCAUAGAGCUGGUUAAAGUCCGACAUGCAUGUCUACUUUGAACUGUUAAGGCAACUGAAUUGGUUUUACGAACGGUGAAGGAUUUAAUGAAUCAUCUAAAUCUUCUUACAACUUACAGUAUGCUGGUCAGCAGCUGCUCAAACUGCCUGGACAAAAAUUAUAGAAUCAAUUGACAAUUUAAACUGUAAAUUAAUGUAAGUGCAUCUAGAACAAGACCUACAAUACAAAUUUUUCAUUUUUCACAUAAACACUUGACAUAAAAAAAAUUUACAUUUCAUUUUAAAUUCUUGUGGUGUGGCUCAGUAUUUUUGAGAAAAAUUGCCACGUCGGAGCUUUAAUAAAAAUAACCUAUAUUUACAUUUUCACUAGUUCAAAAAUGACGAACAGUCCAAAAUUUUUAAA